AUGGCCUUGACAAUUUCCCGAGUCUCAUUUGAGCAUUACCGUACAGCCCUCGGGAUUGCCGAGACUGAACCACGGAUCUCUUGGAGAUUCGAUGGUGACGUUACGAACUGGGAACAGAGCUCAUACGACAUUGAGGUUACUCGGAGUGUUAACGAUGAGCCUAAAUCCUUUUCUUUCAAUUCUUCCGACUCACUUUACCUUCCUUGGCCGGAUACGCCCCUAGACGAAGCCGAACUUGCACACCUUAGGGUUCGCGCGCAUGGUCUUGCUACAAGUGACCAACCCUCAACACCCUGGUCCGAUUGGGUGUCUGUCGAAACAAGUCUCUCCAAGAAAGGUUGGGAGAAUGUAAAACCCAUUGCUUCAACCAUUAAGGUCAACGUGAGCGAGCCGAAAAGGCCCGUAUACUUCAGGAAGGACUUCGCAGUUCCUGAUAGUUUCGAAUCCGCGAGGCUUUAUAUCACCGCUUUGGGUAUUUAUGAAGCCGAGAUUAACGGCAAGCGAGUCGGAGACCACGUCUUGGCUCCAGGAUGGCAGUCGUACCAUCACCGUCAUGUCUAUGAUACAUAUGACGUUACAGACCUUAUUACUCCUGGCGCGAAUGCGAUUGGAGCACUAGUUGGUGAAGGAUGGUAUGUCGGACGCUUAGGGUUUGGCGGAGGACAACGAAAUAUCUACGGGAACUCGACAGGUCUCUUGGCGCAACUUCACAUCAAGUCGAAGAAUGGCACUGUAUCCAAGGUUUAUACCGACACGACCUGGAAGUCAGGAUUCGGACCAGUUGUUAACGGAGAGAUUUAUGAUGGAGAAUACUAUGACGGUAAUCUUGAGUCUGAUGUUGAAGGAUGGUCAGAGCCCGGAUUCGACGAUGCAUCCUGGCAUGACACUCGUAUUCUUCCUGCAGUCCACGAGGUACUCGUCCCCCCGGAUCAACCUCCUACCCGACGAAUUCAAGAGGUCAAACCAAAAGAGUUCUUCGCGUUACCAUCUGGGAAGCAGCUUGUCGACUUUAGCUAA